UUCUCCUCUCCCUUCAUUAAAAGCCUCUCCUUUUCCCCCUUUUCCUCUAGUAGGUUGGACCCACCAACAGCACCGUCAUCUUCUAUCACUCCCUCCUCCCUACUCAACCACCGUCACCAUCACCACCACCACCACCUUCCCCCGCCAUUGUUUCUCUAUUCCUUCCUCUGUUUCCCCUGUGCACCAUCCUCACCAUGGUGCGUCCACCCUUUCAAGUUCUCGAGCUCAGUUUACUCUCCGCCAAUGACCUCGCUUCCGUCUCCAAAACCAUGCGCACCUUCGCCGUCGCCUGGAUCAAUCCCGAUCGGAAACUGACCACCCGCGUUGAUCAAGUCGGUCUCACAAAUCCAACAUGGAAUGAGAAAUUUGUGUUUAAAGUCGACGACGAUUUGCUUGAAGAUCCAACUUCCACCGUCACCAUCGAGAUCUAUUCCUCUGCUUUGCUUCGUGAUAUCCUUGUUGGUACUGUUACAGAGGUCGUCAGCAACCUCAUCCCACAAUCCUCCCCUAAAUCCAAUAUGAGAUUCCUCACGCUUCAGGUUCGCCGCCCAUCUGGUCGUCCGAAGGGGACUGUGAAAGUUGGUGUGACGUUGUUGGAUAGCGCGAAGCGAAGUAUGCCGUUGGAGAGCGAUCUUGGUUCAUCGGCUGUCGAUUACGACUGGGACUUGAGAGAGAUUAAAGCACAAAAACAAAAUUUCCAAAAGAACGGAUACACGAUUGUUAUGAAGCGAUCGCAUAGCGCGCGGUACGAUCCUGACGCUCUCAAUGGAAAACCUGGGGGAUCGGUUUGUAAUGCGAGCUCAGUAAUGGGUGGACGUGAUUCCGUGCGAAGCAGAUCGGAGCUCGGAACGACGAAGAAGAUUGUAAACGCAAAUGGUUCACUCUGCUCUGACGUUGGACCGUCGCCAUCAGUCGUAGCGGCAGCGAUAGCAAAGGGGUUGUAUCCAGCGCCGGACGACGUUGGGAGUUCGAUUUUGGAGGAUUGGACGGAGAAAGACAGUAUCGAAGGCCUAAAAACAAAGAUAGAAAGAUGGAGAACAGAGUUACAUCCAAUUAUGUACGACAACGAAAUAAAGAAAUUGCCAUCAAGAAGUUACAGAAAGAAAUCAGUGAAGAAGCAACGGAGGAAAAAGGGAUCGGGGCUGUUCUCCUGCUUUGGCACUGCAUACGGCUGCGAAUUCUCAAUCACCUGCGGCGGACCUAACCAAAAGAAGAAAUCUGGGAAUGGGAAAGGGCAUAUGACGACAUCGGAGAUCACAUUCGACGAAUCAUAUGUAUAAUAAGAGAAAAAAGAAUGGCAGAGAGAGAAGAGAAAGAGAGGAGACAGAGACGCUCGGAGAAAGCUGUAACCGCACCGAGGAAGUGGAAGACCGCCAUGGAUGAGUGGGUCUCGGCAGAAUCGUCUGGAGAGAGUUUUUUUAGGGGUUUUCCUCUUGGCUCCAAAUAUUCUUUUUCUUUUUUCUCUCAUUUUUUCUUUCUUUUUUAAUUAUUCUUUAAUUUUUUUUUUAAUUAAAUCGAUGAUGAUGUAUAUGGAAAGAGUCAUGUGUUGAUUCUUCAAAAUGUUGUCAUUUUUGUUGAGCGAUCAUGGCUUAUAACCACCGGUUAAGUUGGAACAAGUCAAGUCGUGGAAUAUGAAUGUAUAAUAUGGAAGAGAUAAAUAAUAUGGAAUGAAAUGUGAGUUGUUAAUAAUGUAAAAAAAAUGAAUCAAAAUUUGUAAUUAGUAUAAAAGAAUGCUAUUUGGACAAA